AAAGUACUCAUCCCCCCCUUCGCCUUCGCACCCACAACCAAGCCUUUCCGCAGCCGCACCAAACUAAAAGAGCGACAGCAUCCCUAUUGUUCACCGUCGCCCGCUCCCACCAACCCCCAUUAAGAGUAAUCACCUUCUCUCCCUUUACAUUGAGCCAGCCAGAGUCUGAGUUGCAGGCAACACACAUUCCAUCAUGUCUGACCAGGGAGAGAUUAAGAUGCUCGGCGUCACAGCGCCCAUCACUCUGGAGGGCCCAAAGCCUGAAGACACCAAGGCGAGCGACGCCUUGAUGGCCGACCUCGUCGCGCUAAACCAGUUCGAGUCGGAGCAGGAGCGCAAGGUCCGAGAGCGACUCCUUUCCAACCUCGCCCAGCUCGUCACCAAGUUUGUGCACGACGUGUCGAUCAAGGCCGGCCUGUCAGAAAAGGUCGCCAACGAGGCCGGCGGACGCAUCUACACGUCGGGCUCGUACCGACUCGGCGUCCACGGCCCCGGCUCGGAUAUCGACACGAUCUGCGUGUGUCCCCGGCACGUGUACAGAGAGAACUUUUUCGGCGAGUUCCAGCAGAUGCUGCGCGACUGGCCGGCCGUGACGGAGAUUUCGGCGGUCGAGUCUGCCUUUGUGCCCGUCAUGAAGACGGUCAUCUCUGGCGUCGAGGUCGACCUGUUGUUCGCGCGCGUCAACCUCCCCGAGGCUGGUGACAAGCUCGACCUUGAGAAGGACGAGAUCCUGCGUGGUGUCGACGAUGCGUCGCAGCGAAGUUUGAACGGUCCUCGUGUCACUGACAUGAUCCUCAACCUCGUCCCCGAGGUUAACACCUUCCGUACCGCCCUGCGCACAAUCAGGCUGUGGGCCAAACGGAGGGGUAUCUAUGCCAACGUCUUGGGCUACCCUGGUGGUGUUGCCUGGGCGCUCCUCACUGCCCGUAUCUGCCAGCUGUACCCCAACGCUGCGCCGUCUACAAUCGUCGCCAAAUUCUUCCCCAUCUACUACCAGUGGGGCUGGCCUCAGCCUGUGCUCUUGAAGCGCAUCGACCCUGGGCCCCCUAACAUGACUCACCAGGUCUGGAACCCAAGGACCGACCGCCGUGACAUGGCCCACAGGAUGCCCGUCAUCACCCCAGCCUACCCAUCCAUGUGCUCCACGCACAACAUCACCGCAUCUACCAUGACGAUCAUCAAGAACGAAAUGUUGCGAGCAAACCAGAUCACCGACAAGAUUACUGCUAACCCCGGGUCUUCGUGGGUCGAGCUGUUUGACCGCCUCGACUUCUUCGGCAUGUACCGAACAUAUGUCCACAUCAUUGCUUCAGCGUCCACGCCCGAGGGCAUCAAGGACUGGAGCGGCACUGUCGAGUCGCGUAUCAGGACACUGGUCCAGGACCUAGAGGUCACCGACAACGUCUUAUUGGCACACCCUCAGGUCGGCGGUGUCGCCAUCAACUUCAUCUGCCUCACCGAGGAGGAGCAGGCUGGCGCCUCCCAGGGCGAGCUCAGCGAGGAGGCCAUGAAGCGCAAGGAGGAGGACUUUGUCGGCAAGGACUACAAGAAGGUUUACACCAAGAAUUUCUUCAUAGGACUCGAUAUCGAGAAGAAGCCAAAGGACAGCCAAGGGAGCCGUGUCCUCAACCUCUUCUACGCGAGUAAGCGAUUCUGCUCGGCCUGCCAGGGCUGGGACAAGUAUGAUGAGCAGGAGAUGAGCGUGUGCCUCAAGCCGGCCAAGAGGUCCGACAUGCCGUUCUACGUCUUCCCCGACGGACAGCCCAAGCCCAAGAAGAAGGGCAAGCGGGGGCAGGACAAGGUACGGGGCGGUGGUAAAUCAUCUGCUAACGUUUCACAGGCUGCCGCUGACGGCGCUGAGACGUCUGACAGCCACGGCCCUAGCAAGCGGCCAAACAGAUCCGAGUCUGGGCAGCAGGAUGACCCCUCUGCACUAGCACUUAGCAACGGCGCCGCGGCCGAUGACGCUUCAUCAGUACCACCUCCAGCAGCCAACGGCGCUGUCAGUGCAGCUGCCACCGCGUAGCGUGUUGUGCUGAUCACCCUCUGCUUUCCUCUCUCACGUCUCUCUCACUCGUGGCAGCCGACGAGCGCCGCGUGAUCCUGUUUCAAUAUAGCAUUCUCUUUGCCUCGACUCCACAUCAAAUCAACCACCAUGAGCUGUACUUUUUCUUCUAGCGUGAACUUUAAGUCUUACAAUGGUGGGCCCCAUGCAUGGUCAUUAAACAGGA